AAUUUAAGAUGGAAGGAGGUGGUGCGAAGGCAGAUGGUGGUUGCUGCAACCUGAGGGAUGCUUUGUAUAGGAGAGCUUGGGCUAAAAAAAAUCCCACCAGCCUUAACCUAACUGGCAAUUAUUGUCACUGCAGGGCUGCCGUAAGCCCCCUUUUCCUAGCCGCCUUCGAUAUACGGACUUUAAAAAGAUUCAGAAGUGAGUACCAGUGGCAGGUUCAAAUCCCCACAAGGGCCAUGACGUUUACUUGGGCCAGUCACGGCGUCUCUUCUCCUAAACUACCUCGCAGGGCUGCUGGGAAGAUAAAUAUCUCGGCAUCAUUGGGAGUAAAUAUAGGAUGAAAAGCCAAAUAUUUUAAAAGCCAACAUUUCCUUUCCACACGAAUAAGACCCGAGUUCGAAAGAGCAGCGGUUUAUUUGUUGCUCCUUAUUUCUUCAUUACGAGGGUGCUGGGUGGGUACGGAAAAUAACGGAGAAGUUCGCUCUCCAGACAGCGUUGCUGCACUACUCUUCUUUUUUUCUGUCUCUACGGGUCAGGCACACGGCAGAACGGAACGCCUUCCCUCCCUCACGUCACAGCGAUAUGGCCUCAGACCAGCAAGCCGCGCACGCGCAAGAGCUUCCGGAUUCCAUUGAGGGUGACGCCAUUUCGCGGCUGCGGAAGUUCCUAGGCUCCGCGCGGGGGCGGAUGGGAAGGUCGUGGGUACUGUUGCUUCCGGCUUAGAAACUGGAAGGUGAUUUUCCCCCUUCCUUCCUUCCUUCUCCCCCCCUCAAACCCCCCACCGCGUCCCGGUUUCUGCGGUGCUCGCCGCCAAGCUCGGAGCCCCGCCCCCUCCGCUGGUCGCCCUGUAGUAGUGGGAGGCGGGGCUAUGGAGACGGAGUAUUACGGUGGGGAACCGUCAGGUACAGUCGGAGGAGCGGGGAGGUUGUGCUCAGCUUGCCUUAAGUGGAUGAAAGACUGAGUGGCAGGGGGAUAGGGGGCCGGGGAACGGGCGCCCACGGGGGCAAGCAGGGUGCUGGUCGGGGACUCACCAAGGCGAUGCUACUCUGCUCUCAGUCACCCCUUUUUGUCGUGCCUUUUCAUGAUAAAAACUCGCGUGUGUUUGUGCGCACGCACGCACACGCAGCAUAGACUGUGACCCGCACAGCACGUAGCCUACGGCCCUUAACUUCCAUGCAGUAUAUUUGUGUUUUGCUAUUAGCUGAGUCCUUAUCGUCUCGUCACAGUCUUGCACCCAUAGACCUGGUGCUGAUAAACGCGCUCACAAAUAUUUCGGCUGCCUGCAUCUGAUUUGGAUUGCGUUUUAGUGGAAUUUCUGCUUCCAAGUUACAUACAUGCCCCUCCAAAUUGAGCCAAACAGGAGGAAGCCAAGAUCACCUUUAGACCUGGACCAUUUCUUUCAGUUGUGUGAAACUUAGGCUUGCCCUUUGUGGAGACUGGGUAGGCUGAUAGAGCAAAAAGUACGGUACUUGUUUCAGCCUGCUAGCAGUUUUCUUGCUGCUCCCUCCAUUGCUUAUCCUGUCAGUGGGCAAAAAAACACUCAGUCGGUUUCCGCAGUGCUUGAUCCAUGUGCACUUUGUUAACCGUGCAUCUUUCUGGAUGAUCUGGUUGGUCUUCAGCUCACUAUCUCCAGUUAGUUGGUAUAGUGUAUGGGUUCCACAAAAUGAUUUUGUAAGCCAUAAGUUGCUCCCUGCAGAAACUGAAGGCUCUUAGCAAUUUCUCCUGUCUUCGACUUGCAUCCUUGUUUUACAGCGCGGCUAGCAGAAUACAAAAUGUGUAAGUCUUUAAUGAAGUAUAAAGAGCAUCCUUUCAUAUAUAUAUAUGGUUUGCCACAUAUUGAUUGAGUCCUAGCCUCUGUGUUUUAAAGGAAUAUGUGCAUCACAUAUGAUCAGAGGUCUUGUUUAUUUUUAUUAGAGCACUUAUACCCAAGCACAAAAUGUAGACUGAAUCAGCCCUCAGAUGCUGAAACCCAGAGCAAUCCUUGAUAUUUCAGAAAAUGGGAAUGUGCUUCCCUAGACAAGUUCUUUUAAAGCAAUGUUUAUUUCUAUAGUCUAAAACAGGCAUAGGCAAACUUGGCCCUUCCGAUGUUUUGGUACUACAACUCCCAUCAUCCCUAGCUAACAGGACCAGUGGUCUGGGAUUAUGGGAAUUGUAGUCUCAAAACAUCUGGAGGGCUGAGUUUGCCUAUGCCUGGUCUAAAACAAGUGUGUUAGAUGAUAUUGAAACAUAUUGGAGACAGUGUGGUUAUAUCAUGAAAGGCUAAGACUGUCAGUGGCUGCUAACUAGGAUGGAUGUGUUGUGCCUCCGCUUUUGGAGAGUGUGCGACUGAAUACCAGUUACUGGGAAUUACAAGUAGAAUAUGUGCUGUUACACUUAGGUGCUGCUUGUGGGUUUCCAAGAGACAUCCGGUUGGCCACUGUGAGAAAAGGAUGUUGGAUUAGGCGGACCUUUGGCCUAAUCCAGCAGGGCUUUUAGGUUUGGGACUUAUUUUCUGAAAGCAGUCACCACUUGUUGAUUUUGCUUUGAGUCUUUUUAAUUCUGUAUUCGUCUUUUUUAAAAAAAUGUCUGCAAUAGGAAGGUUAAUCAGGUCUGUCUUAUGUUGUUUGCCACCUUAAAAGCUAAGAGUAUGGUGAAUAUAAAAAUAAUAGUAGCAGCCUCUGAGAUUGUCCAAUUUGUUGCUAACUUCAUAGAGACUUUUUGGCUUCAUACUGGCCAUCCUGAUGUUACCUGAUGCUAGCUUUUUUGUAUUUGAACAAUACCUCACAAAUUGUGACAUUGUUUGCAAGUAUAUAUAGUUUUCGUUAAGCUUCAUUCUGAUCUAAAAACAAGUAUCAUGUUACAGAUGAUGGUGGAGCAACACCAGUGCAGGAUGAACGUGAUUCAGGAUCGGACAUGGAAGAGAACGGAAAUGAACAGCACUCUGGAUCAGAGAAUGGAAGCAUAGGACAACAUUCAGAGGUAGUUGUGAAAGAGUUUCAAUAAAUCCUGGUUCUUAUGCAUAGGAAGAAAACAUUUCUUAUUACAUGUUUGAAACAGGCCUGAAUACGUUGGGUGGUAUCCAGCUUUCUCAUUCUGUCAGUGCAAGGAUUGCUACUUGUGCAACGGGAAUUCCUCCCCCUCUGUGCUCCCUCUUCCAUUUUCAAAUCUGCUCCAGAGGUUGGAGGAACCCCCAGAACAGACGGAGGAGAUUGGUAGGGAGAAAUCCUGUUGUGCAAGUGUAAAUCCUUGCACUGAGGGAUGGUUACUUCACACUAUUUAAUACAACACUUUGCUUUGGUAGGAAACAAAGGACACCACUUUUUUUGCAAGUGUUCACAGAUUUUUCCAAUAAAAUUAUCAAGAAAAUGAAACAUGUAAUAAAUAAAUAAAUAAAUAAAUAACAACCUGACAAUUUUGCACAAAUCCCUGAAAUGCAUUAAUUUGCAUCGUACCAUGUAAUGUAGUGAUGCUUCUAAUACAUUUUUUUAAAAUGGUCGUUGACACAGGUAUUGUAAAAUAGAAAAAGAAAUUGGUUUGUCAGAAGAGAAGCCAGAUUGAAAAACAGACAUGUGUGAACUGUUUCCGUCACCUUAAAAAUGUUUUUCAUAGUUACAUUCAAGCUUUUUUUCAUCUUUAAUUUGCCUUUUUGUGGCUUUCCUGGAAUUACUUGUUUUUUCCAGAAUGAACUUAGUGAUGGAGAAGAUGACAGACAAACUACAGAACACCCCAUGACAGACUCUGAAAACGAAGAUACUCCAAGGCAGAAACAUAGUGAUUCCGAAAACGAGGAUGCUCCAAAUGAUAAUGUCAGUGACUCAGAAAAUGAAGGGACUCAUAGAGGUAAAGACAGUGAUUCUGAUAAUGAGGAUCGCCCAGUUCACCAUGCCAGUGACUCUGAGAAUGAAGAUGCUGUAAAUAACCAGGCCAGUGAUUCUGAGACUGAGGAGCCUCCUAAAGGCCAUGGUAGUGAUUCUGAAAAUGAGGAGCCCCAGAAGCCUUUGGCCAGUGAUUCUGAAAAUGAGGAACCCCAGAAGCCCUUGGCCAGUGAUUCUGAAAAUGAGGAAUCACACAAAGAUCAUACGAGUGACCUAGAAAAUGAGGAGCCACAGAAACGUCCAGCCAGCGACUCAGAAAAUGAAGAGCAUCAAAAAUCGCAUGAUAGUGACUCAGAGAAUGAAGUAGCUCCAAAACCUCUUGCCAGUGACUCUGAAAAUGAGGAGCCAAAGGUUCAGCCCAGUGACUCUGAAACUGAAGAUAUUACCAGAAACAAACCAGAAACAGAGACCGGUGAUAGCAACAAAGAAAACAAAGAGGAGGAGGAGGAAACAGAGAAUGGUGCUCAGCUUUCAGACAAUGAGCAACUAGGAAAAAGGCUUCAGGACUCUGACAGCGAGGAAGAAGGCAGUCCUAAAAAACAGAAGCUAGUAGACAGUGAUGAGGAAGAAGGGAAAGAAGAGGAAAAAUUGACAAAGAGGAAAGCUACUGUCCUCUCUGAUAGUGAGGAUGAUGAAAAAACACGUAAGGAAAUACUAAUUUUAGACCCCUUGAUUAUUCAGUACUGGUUGAAUCCCCAAAGAAUGCAUGAGUGGACUUCGUUGAAAAGGUGGUGCUUGUUCUCUGAUGGCUCAUUCACACCUGCAGUCGCCACUUGCAUCAUUGGUCCUCCAAGUGAUGAAUAUGCAUAUGUGAAAUAGCUUAAGCCUUAAGGAUGGCUGGCUGAGUUUAUUUCUAGUCCAUGCCACUUGGUGUAUGUCUUAGCUCCUGAGUUCAUUCUCUCCCAUUUAUAUUGCAGUUAAUUUGCCCUAAAAUAUAUAAAAUGUUGCUUAAUUUUACCCGGUGAUCCGAAGUCUGCCUUUAAAAUAUGUUUUUUGUUUAAAAAGUUAAUUUAAAAAGCCAGCAAGGACAGUACACAAUUCACAAUGUGCCUUUGAACAAAAUGCUCCUGGGACAUGAUGACAUGCUACCCUCUCAGGGACAUUGCGUGCGGAAAAUAGAUGAGUGCCCCUGUGGAACUGUACAGUUUCCCUGCAACGGAUUUCAUGUCAUGUCCCUUUCAGAGACACUGCUACAGAAGUGAUAUUCCAGCCUUGGCAGGAUUUUGGAUUAGAUUAUCUUUGAAGUCCCUUCAUUUUUUUAUUUUUUUUAAAUAAUAUUUAUUAAUUUUCCAACAAUUUAAAAACAAAAGAAAAGAUAUUUGAAGUCCCUUCAAACUGGACUUCUGAUAAUGAUAUUCAUACUAAAUCAGACAAAUAUAUGGGGGAAAUGGGUGGGACUAUAUACUACGUGUGCUGUAACAUUUACAUUAGCCCAAAGUCAUAGCAAUAAAUUGCAAAAUGAUUAAAAAAGGGCAGGAAAGAAGCUGAUACCAGAAACAGCAAUUUUCACAAAAUAUCCGGAAGUAAGUAAUAUGUGUUUAUUUACAUUAGAACUUAAUUUGGAGGACUUUCCCAAAAUAAUUAAUCUAUGUCAGACCUUGAUCCAGUUUUGGCACCUGAAGCUUCCACCUUCUUUCCUUUUUAUCUAACUGGAUCAAGAACCGAGAGGGGAAAUUGCUUCCCAGGCUGGUGCAGCAAAGAGGUUAAGAAUCAGGCCUACUACAGUCACAUGACAGGAGCAGCGCUGGCUCAGCACCCACUGGGACCAUGUGCUGGAUCUGCAUCUGAACAGCCCCAUUUCACGAGCUUUUGCUGGCUAUUGCCCUUUGGGGUGGACAGAUUGGGGCUCCUCAUCAGCAGGGAUGAACAGAGGUACACCUCUGCCCCAUCCAAACCCCCUCUAGUACAAUGAAUCAGAGGUUUGGUUUGCUGUGCUAGUCUAGCAGGGAGGAGGCACCAAAAUAGAGUGUGCAAGUUUUCUUUUGGUGUUUGAUUCUGGCAGUAUUUUAAGAGCUGUGCCUUCAUCCAGGAAACUGCAUAUUAGGUUAUUGAUUCCAUGUUAUUGGUGGUACAUGAGUCUUAAGAUAGGCUCUCUGAAGUGUAAUUGGAAGCUGAUUGAGUCCAAAACCAAGUUCUAGAGGAAGCAGAUAAUUGCUUCAUAAAAUUAUUGGGACCGCUAAGUAAGAGAUUUGCAGUACAUCUAUGAUGGUAUGUUUAGCCACAGGCUUAUUAUAUUAUUAUUAUUUAUUUAUUUAUUGCAAAGCUGAGGUUGUUGACUACUAACAACUUCUUUGAAUGAUAAGUGAAGGAGACUUUCCCCUCUGCAAGUGUUGACUGUUUUUGGCUCAGCUAUUGAUGCACUUCUUACUUUGUUCACCUAUGUUAGCAGCUGUAAAAAAAAGCCGCAUAAUCUCAGAUGGUGAAGAAUCUGAUAGUGAUGCUGCAUCAGAGAAAUACGAGAAGCAAAAGAAACCUCUAGAAUCCGAUAGCGAGGAUGAGGGUGACAAGGCUGAUGAUGGAAAGAAGAAAGAAGAGAAGGAUCUUUUUGGGAGUGACAGUGAGUCAGGAAAUGAGCAAGAGUAAGUGUCUGUCAAGUAACAGUGGUACACUUGGGGCAGCAGUGGAUGGGACAUGUAUGUUACAUGGAACAAAGUUGAUAAACUGGGUGGGGAAGAGGAAUGCAGUUGCUGGAGUUCUCAAUUCUGUUAGAAUCGAAGUGAACAAGGCUAUUAGGAAUUAAUAAGAAAAACAAAUAGCAUAUUUUUCUUGCAGAAACCUUAUUGCAGAUAUAUUUGGAGAAUCUGGAGAUGAAGAAGAGGAAGAAUUUACAGUAAGUAUGUCGAGAACAUGUUUUUUUCCCUUGUCUUUCCCAUCCUCCCACCUUUUUUUAAGGCUUCCUUGUCUAUAUCCAUUUAGUAGACCUUGUGUUCUAUUGUUACUGAAUUAAAUUUCACCACUUCAUCAGCCCUACUAUGUGUUGGAUGCAAUGUAGACAUCCUUGGAAAGAGCAGCCUGGAUUAAAUGGUAAUAGGAAUUUUGAGAACUAUUAAAAGGCUUAUAUGUGCGUUGUGGCUGAGCUGUAUUUGGAUGCAUUGACUUGUAUUGUCUUUGUAACUAAAGGGAUUUAACCAGGAGGAUUUGGAGGAAGAGAAAGGAGAAAGGAAAGGAGCAGCUGACGAUUCAGACUCUGAUGACAAUAUAAAAAGAGGAAAGCAGUAAGUGUUUAUUGUGAUUGUUACAAGAAACCAGAUUUGAUUUAUAUAUAUAUAUUUGCCUUAAAAUAUUUAUAUAUUUUUUGUAUUUUAUUACAUUUAUAUCCUGCCAUUCCCCUAGGAAGCUCGAGAACAUACAUUGUCCCCCAUGCCUGCACCCGAUAUUAUCCUCACAGUAGCCUUCUAUACUAGAUUAGACACAGAGAUUUCAACACCACUUGUAGGCUGUUGCUCUGAAAUGUUUUCACAUAAAGCUUCAAAGAAGAGACUGCAUUAGGAUAAGGAGCAGCUCUCAUUCUUCUCAGAGUUCAGAUGUUCGGCUUCCAAAAAAACGUUCGAAAACCGGGACACUCACAUCCGGGUUUUGAUCGUUCAGGAGCCUAAACAUAUGAGCACCAAGGCGUUCCACAACCAAGGUACGACUGUAAUGCCUACAAGCAGAUAAAGGGCUUGUGUAGAUGCUGUUUUAAUUGACACGUACACUCAUAAGGCUACAGGGUGGCUAGUUCCAAUCUGACUUCAUUGAAACCUUCUGCAUUACAGCAUGGACUUCAUGUCAGAUUUUGACAUGAUGUUACAGCGGAAAAAGAGCAUGAGUGGCAAACGCCGGCGCAACCGUGAUGGCGGGACAUUCAUUAGCGAUGCUGACGAUGUAGUCAGCGCUAUGAUCGUGAAGAUGAAUGAAGCAGCAGAGGUACGUUCCUUGCAUUCAAGGCUUAAUUCACUCAAAAGAAACUCUAGGUUAUGGGAAGCAAGUCCUUUUGCAGGAGUGGCAAUGAACAAUUUGAGAUGAAUGUUUCUGAAUGCUGAAGUUUUCAUCUGCAAAUAUUGAAAGCACUUCUUAUGUACAAAGCACCAUAAUGCUGCUUGCAGAGCGUUGUCCGCAUCUCACAGUCACAGUGGCAGAGAGGCAGGAGGAGGCAAUGGCAACACAGCAGCCAAAUGGCAGAAAUGGCCUGUGUAAGUGUGGGAUGAUUAGGUGAUGGCAGCGGGAGCGGCUAAUUGGUGGAAGCACAUCAGUUUUGCACAAAUAUUCAAUACAGAUAAUUACAGGUGGAUAAGACUGGGAAUGGUUGCAAGAAAUAGGGAUUUUGAGCAUUAGAGAGGUAAUAGCUGUCUGACAACAAGCUAACCUCAUCACAAAGUUGAAGAAUGGAUCUAGGGCAUAGGAGGAGACUUCAGUAGCAAGGCACUAUCCAGAACAGAAGCCGAGUAGCCAGUGCCCUGCAAGCGAGUAAUUAAUAGACACCUUUCCCCCACCCCAAGAUGCAGCAGGAGGGCAGUGAAGUUGUGCACACAAUUGUUAUGCGCUAUGUCUUACACAAAUGCAGAUAUGUUGUCUUUGUGUUGUGAAAAUGAGGAAGACCUGACACCUCUGUCAUGAAACAACUGCAGCAAAAUAAGGUGUCUGGACUGUGCAUCGUAACCAAACAAUCAUACUGUUUUCAAGACUCAACUAUAACAUGCGUGCAUGAGUAUACUCUCUAAGAUUUUAUUUAAGGCCAUGGACCAGGCAAACAAAAAGGCCAGCAAAUUUUAUACAGAUGAAAUUACUUCCUUGGUUUGCUUCUUCCUAGUUAUUCUGCUAGAGGAGAAUAAUCAGGCUGCUUUACCAGUCUUCUGAACUGGGAUUUUGAAUGUUCUUCUUUUUUCUGCUAUUUUUUAAUUACAUUCUAUAACUUCCUGCAGGAGGAUAGGCAGCUGAAUACACAGAAGAAACCAGCACUAAAAAAGUUAACUUUGCUGCCAAUUGUUGUUAUGCACCUUAAAAAGUGAGUAAAAGCUCAUCUAAAUUUUGUUUCCACAUGAUGGGAAAGAGGGAACUUGAUGUGUUUCUAGGGCUACUAUUUCCAUGUUAGAAUGUCUCUUGUAUUGAUUUUAGAACAGGAAUGUUUGUGGGGUUGAUGAAUUGCCAAAAGGUAUUCCCAUUCCUGCUUCUGAUAGAUUUCAAUUUGAAUUUCCAGGCAGGACCUGAAAGAAACUUUCAUUGACAGUGGUGUGAUGUCUGCCAUCAAAGAGUGGCUUUCACCACUACCAGACCGGAGUCUACCAGCACUGAAAAUUCGUGAGGAGCUUCUGAAGAUUCUGCAAGAGGUUAGUUUCUAAUACCUAGCUUGUAGAAUCAGCAUUACUGAUUCAGUUCUAUGCCUUUAUGACAAGUUUCUGAGAGAGGAUAGAUGAAUAGUCCCAUAUGAGGAAGGUAUUUGUACAUAUCAGGAAGAUGAAUGGCACUGCAACAAUAGCAUCCAAGUGUCCACAGACCUGUUUUCAUUCUAAAACCAGUUUUAAAAUGAAGCUGCUCUAAAAGGUAUAAAACCAAUGUUCCAUAAAAGCAGUUAAGAAGGACCAGAGAAAGCUGAAGCAGUACUGAAAUAUUCCCAGUAGACUGAAAUUCUCAAGUUUACCUGGGAAACUCGUCCCACUCUUUCUUACUAUUUAAAAAAAGUUUGCAGGUAUUUAAGUCCACUUUGCUGAAAUGUUUGCAUCCUAUGUGCAGAAUGCAGUCUUCAAUUCUCAAGGUUUAGUAGGUGAUGGUUUCCUGUGUUGUAUGUCUUCAGUUGCCUAGUGUAAGCCAAGAGACCUUAAAGCACAGUGGGAUUGGACGAGCAGUGAUGUAUCUCUACAAACACCCUAAGGAGUCACGACCCAACAAGGACAUGGCAGGGAAGCUAAUUAGUAAGUAAACAUCGGCUUUCAUGAGCUGCACUGCACAGCCGUCUCAUACUUCAACAUUUGCAGUUCACAGCCAGCAUGCCCCCCUCCCUGUUAAGUGUGUAUGUGCUACAAAAACCUUCAGCCUUAUACAAGACUGUCUAUGGUUCCAUAUGAAGGCUAUAUUUACUUAGCAAAGCUUGUAUAUCUCCUAGAUUCCUUAUCUUUCAUUUCUUCAUCAAUAGUAUAUUGCAGUUAAGGGAGAUAGGUAUGACUUUAAUGUAACUUUUGUCCUAACUAAAGUUAGACUUAAGCCAAAUUAAGCACAAGGGGCUUGACAGCAACAAGUGUUAAAAAUGUAUAUAUUCUUAUCUGUUGCAGUGUCUAUCAUUUUUGCUGAUAGUGUCAUAUCUUUAAAUAUGGUAUGAGGAACCUUUGGUCCCCAAACUCCGUCACAGCUAUAAUAGUCAGAGGUCAGACAUGAUGAGACCUGUAGUCCAUCUGGAGGGCCACAAGUUCCCCAUACCUGUUUAAAUGCUAACUUAAAGUUCCUGUUUCUUCAGGCUACAUUUUAGAUUGUUAGUUUGAACUAACAUCUUAAGUAUAUUGAUGAACAGGGUGGAUGUUAAAUUGCAGAUACGGUGCAUACUCCCCCCCCCCCCCCAAUUUAGCCACAGUCAUUAGGUCUAGAAACACUGCUUGAAAACAGAAACCAUAAUUGUGGAGUUUGUAGGCUAAACAAAGAUAGAGAAGCCAUUCACCCACCCUGUAUAUCUUAAAUGGGCUCAGUAUCUGUGUUAAAUAGUGAGCAGUAAGGCAAAAUCGCCUGUUGGAUAGUAGGAACUCCUAGCAGGUGCAGUAUAUAUGUGUAGUGCUGCUGUCUGUACAUUCACUUUUUAUUUUAAAAACAACAGAUGAGUGGUCUCGGCCUAUUUUUGGUCUAACAUCAAACUACAAGGGAAUGACCAGAGAAGAAAGGGAACAGAGGGAUCUGGAGCAGAUGCCACAGCGAAGGCGGUUGAGCAGGUAUCUUGAGCAAUAUUCUGCACUGCUAACUUUAUAGCAUAGGCUGAUUUUCUUUCACACUCUGGACUUCAUUCCAUGGAGUGUCUGGAAUCUUAGCUGGUCCGAGAGUCUUUUAUUAGUAUUCUGUUUGUUUAUACUGAAUUUUAUGAAUACCUAUUCGUUUAUAAAUACUUACUAAAUUAUCUCGGUUUGUGUGAGAGAAAUGGUGAUUGUGAUGAUAAUAAUUCUCCCGCAAAACAAAAUCUCUUUGUCUUUAUAGCUCUGGUGGUCAAACACCCCGCAGGGACUUGGAGAAAGUAUUAACAGGGGAGGAAAAGUAAGUCUUUUCUUUUUUUGCCAUAUUAGUAUCUCUAGAGAAGCUUUGUGCUUUAUGUUGGGUGGAGCAGGGAGAUGAGUAGAGAAUAAUUUGAGAGAAGAGAUGCUAAUAGCAAUCUCAUGUUACUUAGCACCAUCUCUUGUCUUAUUUCUUUAGAGCUCUAAGGCCUGGCGAUCCAGGAUUUUGUGCUCGUGCAAGAGUUCCAAUGCCCUCCAACAAGGAUUAUGUGGUCAGACCCAAGUGGAAUGUGGAAAUGGAAUCUUCUAGGGUAAGUGAUUGAGAAGAAAGGAAAUAAGUUUCUUCUGCAACAUUGUGCCCAGACCAGUUCUAGUUUAGAUAUUAUGGGAAUCAGUUGAGCCUAUCCUCACUUUUGCUUUCCAUUCAUAUAUAUUUCAUAUGCCUUAAGUCACUAUCCUGUCCAAAGACACUACAUAAAAAUCUAUCCAAAAUAGUUUAGUGUCUCAAAAUACCACUGGAAAGAGUUGAACAUUCAUUGUUGCUGGUAGUAAGAACCAGCAGUUCUAUAUUGAUCUGGUUAUGUGUAGUCUUGGACCCAGUAGUGAGAAGCAGUCUUCCUCAAUACAAUCCUUUACUUCAACCCACAAUAUUUUUCUGCACUACUUUUCUCCCUAAUAGCAUGAGGAUUAUGAAGUCAAUAGGUUUCCAUCCUCCAGUAUUUUACAACAUGGCACUGGAUAAAGUCCAUGUUGUUUAUUUGCAAACUUAGACAAAGGAAGAGAGCAGUUGUUUAAAUGUAUUGAAAUUUUCUAUUCUUAUUAAUUGUUAGUCCUUUGACUGAGAUGUUGUUUCUAGCCCGGGACUGUUAAGAAAGGUAUUAGUCGGUUGGAAAAACACAAGAGGAAGUUUGCUGAACAGAAACGACUCAGCAAAGUACAUCGAGCUGUCAAAUUCAGCAUUGAAGGCAACAGGAUGCCCUUAUAGCCCUGUAAUUCUGCUUACCCCAGGUCUGAGAGGUAUCCAGAAAGGAUGUUUGAACAAUGCAUGUGCUUUAGCUGUUGCCAGUGUGCAGUGUCAGACAAAGCAGCAUGUCUCCACUAACUAUAGCCUAGGAAACUUUAUCCUUCUGGCACUGUGAUUCACAGAGCAAGUCAGGAAAAACAGCUUUAAUGUGCUAAUUUAAGUUUCCACAACUGCAUGAUCUACUUAAAUAGGGAAAUCACAUCGUCAAAGAUCAUAAGCCCCCCUCCAGCAAAAAAAAUUGAGCGAGCAUUAAAAAAUUACUCAAAGGGUACAAAGUCCCAUCACAUUUUAAAGCAUGACUAAUCUUCCCUAGAGAUACCUAAGAUAAUUUCAAUACAGUUCUCUAGUGAACUGGUGAUGAGUUUGUCUCCGCAAGUUGAAGCAUGAAUAUCUAAUUUAAGUGUGCAUAUAGUACAAUUAGACUACUUUGGGAUAUGAAGAUGACAAAUUGUGUAAACUUGCAUUGCUGUUUUAAUGCACGUAGAUAGGAGAAACAUGAAGCGUACUUGCUGACUUUCAGAGAGUCCAUAUAAUAAAUGGGGAAAGCUGAUCAACUAGUUUUCAUUAGUUAAAUUUGAAAGUUACAGCUAUCUGGGGUGAAAAAAUUUCUGUUUCAUAAGCUUAUUAACAACAGUGAAUGGGAAAUUGCAAGUGCAGUGGGCAGUAUCCAGCUAACUAGUUGUAUUUCAAACCAGGGCAUCAGAUAAUUUUCUGAAGCAAACUGAAAAUUACACCAGUAUUUUCUAGGAAAUCCUGAUCACUGACUUUGUGACAUUGGACAGAAUGCAGUCUAUUACUACCUGCAAGACAUUAUUGCCUAUAAGAUAAGAGAAGAACCGUAAAGUGUGUAGCAUUCUGAAAUAUGCUACAGAAAUAAUCAAACUUUAAUAUUUGGAGAGAAAUGUUUAGAGAGAUGGAUGCCAUAGCAAUAAUGAUAGAUAGUUAUUUUUAGAUUUUGUAAGCCAUUUUGAGAAAUACUUUUUUGGAGCGCAAAAGUUAGAUAUAUAUGUUUGUAUAAAUAAAUAAAUAACAGAUGGCAUAAAAUGGGAGUGUUGAUGAGUUCACAUUGUAAUUGUUGCUUUUAAAAAAAUGGAUGGGCUUAACCUUUCCUGGUUGUCCUAAACAUGGAAGUAUAUUACUUUCAGAUGUGUUAAAGCAUAGGUAAGCAAACUAAGGCGCGGGAGCCGGAUCUGGCCCAAUCGCCUUCUAAAUCCGGCCCGCAGAUGGUCCGGGAAUCAGCUUGUUUUUACAUAAGUAGAAUGUGUCCUUUUAUUUGAAAUGCAUCUCCGGGUUAUUUGUGGGGCAUAGGAAUUUGUACCCCCCCCAAAAAAAAAGUUCGGCCCCCCCACAAGGUCUGAGGGACAGUGGACUGACCCCCUGCUGAAAGUUUGCUGACCCCUGGGUUAAAGGGUAGUUACAGGGGCUGACGGUAGUUAUAGUUCAAAACAUCUGGAGGGCACCAGGUUGGCAGAGCCUGGAAUAGAGAGUGCAUAUCCCUGUUACAGUCUUGCUUUGAAAAUAGGCUGUUGGAAUCUCCUGUGGCUUUAUCAGCUUCUGUAUAGAAGGAUUGCAGUUGCUGGAAGAGUUUGGUGUGCAUGUUUUGUCCUCUUUGAAAAAAGCAAAUCUGGAAUUCCUGCCUCGUCGUAAAAGUAAGCCUAAGUUUUCCUUUAAGUUCCAGGCAAGCUCCAAGAAAGGGGUCAGCCGCUUGGACAAACAGAUGCGGAAGUUCACAGACAUCAGGAAAAAAAGCAGAACGUCCCAUGCUGUGAAAAUCAGCAUUGAAGGCAAUAAAAUGCCAUUGUGACUCCAUCCAAGAAGGAUAUUUUCUGAAUUCUGCUGUGAGAAGUGCACCUACAGACUCUUGGAAAGAUGUCUACAUUUUUUAAAACGAACUCUGGGUGUUUUUUUUAAGUGUAUCUUCAGAUUGUUGGUUCAGAUGGUAGUAAUACAUGUUGGCGGAGGGUUGUGAACCCUGGAUGUUGUUCAUUAUGAUUGUAUUUAACCUGGUCUCUCGUGUCCUUUGUACAGAUGAAAGCUUGUAUUGCUACAGACCUCAGACAUUAAAAUCUUUCUGAUGUGUGGGGCUGUGUGGUGCUUGGUGCAAUGAAUGUAUAUUUAGAAGGUUCAGCACAAGCUGCUGAAUCCUGCAGAUUGAUAGGUGUGACUACAGUAUUUUUUUGAACAAAUACACAGCCUGCCGUUGUUAUAUACACAUGUCUAGUGACUGACUUAGUUACAUUAGGAGUCUUUUACUUCUCUCUUGGUGCUAAUGAAAAAGGUAAAGUCGCCUGUUCUACCUUUAAAACCACACUAGGAACAAUCUUAAGUAAUGCCGUUUCAUUUUAGAGAUAAGGGGCAUAACCAGCUGAAAGAUUACUGUGCCUAAGUCUAAUUGGACUUAAGCAUUUAACCGAACCUUUUUCUGGGCUGUAGCCUACAUUUUAACGCUAUCAACAAAUGUUUUAGAAUGGGUCUUUGUCACUUUGGAUCAAAGCAGUAGUGACUACCAUAGUAUUGGGUACACUUGGAAUUGCAUUUAGUGAUUCAUGAGUGGACUUACCCUUCUCUCUACCCUGCACCCCUCUCAGAAAUCUGAUACAGAGGGUUGGGAGUGCAGGGGGCACUGAUGUUCUGUUGCACAAGCAGGUGUUUGCUUGAACAGCAUUGAACACAUCCCCUUCUUUAUACAUUACUGUAAGUAAGAAAAAGGCACAUGUGGGAUACUAGAAACCUAAGUGGACUUGAAGAAAAUACUUUGCUACUAUUUUUGUCUGAUGGAAUUCUGCUAUCAGGUUAUAUAACUGCCUGUUCUUCUUUUGCUGUGUAACAUUGAUGAUGAGAAUGAGGAAAAAUCACUUUUAAUUUCAAAAGCUUUCUAUAAGCUAUCUUUGUUAUAAAAUAUAAUUUACAAUAAUUGAAUAAUCGUGAGAACGUCACAAAAAUCCAUGUCUUAAUGCAAUACUUCUGUCGUUUGUUGAACCAGUUUCCUCUUCGUUAUAUGUAAACUGAAAAGCAGAGAUUAAAUCAGUUUUAGACCUGGCAUGUAAACAGGGGC